AUUCAGCGCACCUCCCUCCCACCCCAGCUGCUGCAUCCUAGCCCUGCGUGACGCGCGUCUCAGCCUCCCAACGAACUCUCCGCAGCUAUCUCCCUCUCACAUUCUCUCGCCUCCGUGCAAUCAGAGUUACUUAUCUCCCUCAGCCCCUAACCCCUGCCGUUAGUGUGGUUGCGCCGCCGCUCAUUUUCAGAUUCAGCCCAAGAAAGGAAUGGGAGGCAGAGGAGUUAUUGGUGACAAAUGGUCCAUGAGGGUUCUCUGGGUCUGUGCCCUAGGAAGUGCAGUCGGUUUGUAUAUGGUUGCUCAAGAAAGACAAUUACAGAACAGGGCAAGAAUGUUGGCUGAGAGUUUGAAAGACGUGGAAUCAGGAGGCAGUGGUGAAAAUGUUUAGGCCUUUUAGGGCGUUGUUGAAAUGUGAGUUCCAGACUACCUGAGAUUCUCUAUCUUUUGCAAAGUGCUCCCAUCUCUUAUGGUGGCUACAAACCAAUACUGUGAGUUUCCAAUAAUGUGAAAUAGUUAGAUCCCUGUUUAUUUGUAAUGAACUUGGGUUUCAUCUGAAUUCAUGGGUUUACAAUAAUUAUGCUGAAUCAGUGUUUAGUGGGUCACUUUGAGAAAUGGGAUUCAGAAGCAGAU